UAUCAUUUCAACUUUCCAUUUCAUUUUUUCAUCUUCUUUUUCUCUCAAAUCUUAGCAUAUACCCACAACUUUUUCUUGAGCUCCUCAAUUCGUAUAUAGCGUGAUUGUGCUCGACUAAAGAAAAGAAGUCGGUUCUUGUUUAUUGUAUCAUUCGAUCUUAUUCAUUGUUGUGUACCAGAUUAUCCCAAAAAUGAAUGAUCUCUUAUCAUCAUCGUUUCCCGGUGGCCAAGAUCAAUCCCACUCCAUUCAGAUGACUGAUUUAGGCGGAGUCGAUCUCGAAACGUUUUUCAAAGAUGUGGAUUCUAUAAAAGUCGAGCUCGAUGCCCUGGAAGCGCUCUACGACCAGCUCCAGGCGGCACACGAGCAAAGCAAAACGGUACACAAUGCCAAGGCAGUUAAAAACCUUCGAGCGAAAAUGGAUAAUGAUGUUUCGACAUCAUUAAAAAAAGCAAAAGCGAUUAAGGCAGGAUUGCAGGCACUGGACAAGGCCAAUGAUGAUAAUAGGAGAAUUCCAGGUUGUGGCCCUGGAAGUUCUUCGGACAGGACGAGAACUUCUGUAGUCAAUGGCCUGAGGAAAAAAUUGCAGGAUAUAAUGAACAGGUUCAAGAAUUUGAGGGAAAGAAUGGCUUCCGAGUACCGGGAGACGGUGCAAAGAAGGUACUACACGGUAACUGGUGAAAAUCCCGACGAGAAAAUUCUUGACAACCUAAUCGAGACAGGUGAGAGCGAGACUUUUUUGCAGAAGGCCAUACAGGAGCAAGGAAGAGGACAGGUAAUGGACACCAUUAUGGAAAUCCAGGAAAGGCACGAUGCUGUAAGAGAAAUGGAAAAGAAUCUCAAGGAACUGCACCAAGUUUUCUUGGACAUGGCUGUUCUGGUGGAGAGCCAAGGGGAACAAUUGGAUGAUAUUGAAAGCCAAGUUGGAAGGGCAAAUUCUUUUGUUAGAGGGGGGACUCAGCAGCUUCAAGUGGCAAGAAAACAUCAGAAGAAUACUAGGAAAUGGACCUGUUUUGCGAUUAUUUUGUUGUUGAUUAUUAGUCUCAUUAUUGUCCUGUCUAUCCGGCCCUGGAAGUAGAUGAUUAGUCGAUGGUUGAAUACAGCGUUAGUCAUUGAAUUUAGGGUUUUGGUUUCGAUUUCGUUUCUUUUUUUUUUCGAAAAUGGUUGCCCAACUUGAUAUUUUGUUUCGUACUAAUCACUUCAUCCAAAAAUCUUUGAAACAAACAUGAAGUUGGCAACUAUUUUGAAACGAAAAAAGAUAUGGCAUUUGAAAUCGAACCCUGAAUUCGAUGGCUGAAACAGUUUUUAACUCGACUAGUCAAAACAAAUGCUUGAAUAUAGUUCAUCCAGAAAAUUCAUAUUUUUGAUUGUUUUGAUUUUCUUGAACCUGAGUGAGGUCACCCCUCUUGUCCCACCCCGAAGCCCAUCAUGUUGACAUGAGAGUAAAAUUUGGGAUACUUCAUUAUCAGAGGGAGUUGGAGCCACUUUGUAAUUGAUUUGUUAUAGUGUGUGUGUGUGUAUAUAUAUUAUUAUUUUGAAGUUGAUUGAA